AUGACCACUGUCAGCAAUAUGGUGAUGGAUAAGAUUGAAUUAGAAUACAAACAAAAGCUUGCAAGGACCUUUUUAAGAUCAGCUGAUUAUGAUCUUGCUAAAAACCUCUCAAAACUUAGCACUUGGAUGAACUAUGUUGAAAGACCACCAUUCAAUCUUAAGUGCUUCAAUCAUUGGCAUUUUUCACGUGAACCAUUUACACUUGAAUCCAGAAAUUAUAUUCCUCAAUACAAUGGUAAAGAUAAUCUUGUAGAUGUCCUCAAGGAAUCUGCUACUAAAAUCUUUUUCCUCAUACCUUCAUCUCCUUUCAUAUUAUCAACUCAUCUGAAAGUUUUAUUUGCAGGAGUACCUGAUAUCCACGCAACUAUGCAUACACAAGAAUUCUUCUCCAAUGAUUUCCCAGAUGGAGAUAGAAAUGGACAAGUUUUCUACGUAAUGUACAAUGGAACGAACACAAGCCUAUUCGAUGUAUUAGAAUCAGGCUGUGGCCUUGAUUCCCAAAAGCACGCAACAUUUUCCCGUGAUUUUUGGGAAGAUGUAAGAAAACUCAAGGUUGAACUCUUUAAAUCAUGGGAAACACCUACUUUUUCAAGUACAGACUCGGUUGUUGAAGCAGCUAAAAUUGAAAAUAGAGAAUAUACAAAAGCAACAAUUUAUUCAAAGCUAAGACCAGGAGAUACCAUCUCAGAUGAGUUCAUUACAGAAUGCCAGACAAGGACUAAGCAGCAAAUCCUUAAAUCCGCUGAGAUAUUAUACCAUAUUACAGAAAACAAGAUGAAGGAGUGGGAAAUCUUUGAUAUACCAGAUGGCCAAGAAUUAACUGACGUCACAGCUGAAGAUUCUUAUGGAGACACAACUGAAGGAUCUUCUACUUCGUCUACUUCUUCUACAUUGGAUGACAUUGUAAGUUCAGAAACAAUAGAUAAGGACUUGACCCUAUUUACUCUUUAUAUAACUUACUUCUUCAUGAUAUUACCAUUAACUGUAUUGCUUAUUUGGAGAAAACAUUACUCAAAAUGA